CGCACAGCAUGGCGAUGCGUGGCGCGGCCUCCUCGGGAGACGCGGAGGAGCUGUCCCGGGGAGGGACUGGCCGGGAUGGUCACCUUCGUGCGUCCAGUCCGUCAUCUCCACCGGGUCGGGCGGGCAGCUGUGACCCGGCGGGGUCGUCGGAGCUGCGGGCGUUCGGGCGAUCGCGACAACUUUCCCCGGCGCUGUUCGCGGGCUCCGUGUGCGUCCUGCUGGCUCUGCUGCUGAGGCUGGCCGGCGGGGAGCUUGAUGGGCGUCGCGUGGAGGAGGAGGAGGAGGAGGAGAUGGUGGAGGAGGAGGAGGAGAAGGAGGAGGCGGUGGCCUCCCCGGGAGCAGGAGGGGGCGUCUUCGCAGGCCCUCGGGGAGGUGCUCCCGGGGGCGGCCCCUGGCUGCAGCCCGCCGCGCUGCUCCUCAGUCUGCUGUGCGCCUUCUCCUGGAUGGGCUGGUGCCUCCUGCGCGCCGGGGUGCGCCUGCCUCUGGCCGUCGCGCUGCUGGCCGCCUGCUGCGCGGGGGAAGCGCUAGUGCAGGUCGGCCUGGGCGUCGGGGACGAGCGCCUGCUGUCCCUGCCCGCCGCGGGGCUGGUGCUCAGCUGCUUGGCCGCGGCGACAUGGCUGGUGCUGAGGUUGGAGCUGGGCGUCCUCAUGAUCGCCUGGACUAGCGCGGUCCGGACGGUGGCCCUGCUGUGUCUGGAGAGGUUCAAGGUCGCCUGGAGACCCUACCUGGCUUACUUGGCCGGCGUGCUGGGCAUCCUGCUGGCCGGGUACCUGGAGCGGAUCUCACCGUCUUCUUCGCGGCAGCAGCAGUCCGCCAGGGCGGUUCCCGGGGAGCGUUUUGGGUCCCAGCAAGAGAUCCCGGUGUUUAAGAGGAGGCGGCGCUCCAGCUCCGUGGUGUCCGCAGAGAUGUCCGGGUGCAGCAGCAAGUCACACCGCAGGACGUCCUUGCCCUGUAUACCCAGGGAGCAGCUUUUGGGACAUUCAGAAUGGGACCACAAAAGGGGGCCUCGAGGAUCACAGUCUUCAGGAACCAGCAUCACGGUGGACAUUGCUGUGAUGGGCGAAGCCCACGGCCUCAUCACCGACCUCCUGGCGGACCCUUCUCUGCCCCCGAAUGUGUGCACCUCCUUGAGGGCUGUGAGCAAUCUGCUUAGCACCCAGCUCACGUUCCAGGCUGUCCACAAGCCCAGAGUGAACCCCACCAUCUCCUGCAGCGAGAACUACACCUGCUCGGAUUCCGAAGAGAGCCCUGAGAAGGACAAGCUAGCCAUUUCCAAGCGCCUGAGAAGAAACUUCCCCCCAGGCUUGUUGAGACGCGUUUCAUCCACUUGGACAACCACCACUUCUGCGACGGGUCUUCCCACCUUGGAACCUGCCCCAGUGCGGAGGGACCGGAGUGCCAGCAUCAAGCUUCACGAAGCCCCUUCACCCAGUGCUGGUAACCCUGACUCUUGGAAUAACCCAAUGAUGAUGACUCUCAUCAAGAGCAAAUCCUUCACGUCCUCCUAUGCCGUCUCCGCUGCCAACCACGUCAAGUCAAAAACACCAAGCAGACCAGGUGCCCUAGCUAAAGUUUCACCUCUUUCCUCGCCCUCCUCCUCACCUCUCCGAGGAACUCCAGCCAGCAGUCCCGUCAGCAAAGUUUCUUCAGUGCAGUUUCCAGAACUUGCCAACACAACUUCCAAGCAGGGCCCGGGUUCUCACAGGGCCUUAACGUACACUCAAAGUGCCCCGGACCUGUCCCCUCAGAUCCUGCCUCCAUCUGUUGUAUGCAGCAGCUGUGGCAGACCGUAUUCCCAAGGGAGUCCUGCUGAUGGGCCCUUGGAGAGAAGUGGCUCAGCCACGCGAACACCAAGCAGAACAGAUGACACUGCCCACAUUACCUCUGAUUAUGAAACUAAUAACAACAGUGACAGCAGUGACAUUGUGCAGAAUGAAGAUGAGGCAGAGUGCCCGAGAGAGCCACUGAGGAAAGCGUUCCCUUGCGGCACCUAUAAUCCUGAGGCCAUGAUCUUCCUGGACAAGCCAAUUCUUGCUCCUGAGCCUCUCGUCAUGGAGAAUCUGGACUCGAUCAUGGAACAGCUGAACACUUGGAAUUUUCCAAUCUUUGAUUUAGUGGAAAACAUAGGGAGAAAAUGCGGCCGUAUUCUUAGUCAGGUGUCAUAUAGGCUUUUUGAAGACAUGGGCCUCUUUGAAGCUUUUAAAAUCCCAGUCAGGGAAUUUAUGAAUUAUUUCCAUGCUUUGGAGAUUGGAUACAGGGACAUUCCUUAUCACAACAGAAUCCAUGCCACAGACGUCCUGCAUGCCGUUUGGUAUCUCACGACGCAACCAAUCCCAGGCCUCUCAACGGUGAUCAAUGAUCAUGGGUCAGCAAGUGACUCGGAUUCUGACAGCGGGCUUACGCAUGGACACAUGGGAUAUGUGUUUUCAAAAAUGUAUCACGGGCCAGAUGACAAGUAUGGAUGCCUGUCCGGGAACAUCCCUGCCUUAGAGUUGAUGGCCUUGUAUGUCGCUGCUGCCAUGCAUGACUAUGACCACCCUGGAAGGACCAACGCUUUCCUGGUGGCCACAAGUGCACCUCAGGCCGUGUUGUACAAUGACCGCUCGGUACUGGAGAACCACCACGCGGCCGCAGCCUGGAACCUCUUCAUGUCCCGGCCAGAAUACAACUUCCUAGUUCACCUGGACCACGUGGAAUUUAAGCACUUCCGUUUCCUAGUGAUCGAAGCCAUUUUGGCCACCGACUUGAAGAAACACUUUGACUUUGUAGCCAAAUUUAAUGCGAAGGCAAAUGAUGAUGUUGGAAUAGAUUGGACCAACGAAAAUGAUCGUCUACUGGUGUGUCAAAUGUGUAUAAAGUUGGCUGAUAUCAAUGGGCCUGCUAAAUGUAAAGAGCUCCACCUUCAGUGGACGGAAGGCAUCGUCAGUGAAUUUUACGAACAGGGUGAUGAAGAGGCCAGCCUUGGUUUGCCCAUCAGCCCCUUCAUGGACCGCUCUGCUCCUCAGCUGGCCAGCCUUCAGGAGUCCUUCAUCUCACACAUUGUGGGUCCUCUGUGCCAUUCCUAUGACUCCGCAGGACUCAUGCCGGGAAAAUGGGUGGAUGACAGCGAAGAUUCCGGAGACACUGAUGAUCUGGAGGAGGAGGAGGAAGUAGUGACGUCACACGAGGAAGAAACCUGUGAAAAUAAUGAGUCUCCAAGAAAGAAAACUUUCAAGAGGAGGAAAGUCUACUGUCAAAUAACUGAACACCUCCUGCAGAACCACAAGAUGUGGAAGGAGGUCAUUGAACAGGAGCAGCGGUCAGGGGCCAUAGGAAACCAGUCGCUAGACCAGGCCCCGCCGCAGCACGCCUCCGAGCAGAUCCAGGCCAUCACGGAGGAGGAGGAGGACAAGGGGAAGAGCAGAGCAGAGGAGCUCCUGGCCCCAGAGCAGAGCCUGUGACCCUGGAUGGAGCGAGCUGAGUUUCCCGACCGAAGGACUUCUCAUAGACUCUUUUCAAGCCAGCACAACACUUAGACACAAUACUGUAGAACUACGAGAAGACGGGCAAACGGCUCUGGCAUUGUGAGAUUCUUUCUACUCUGUGUGUUUAUUUUUACAGUGAGGUCCAAGGCUGAAGACUUGCUCAAAGAAGCAUUCACUCUGCAACACCAGCUUCUAAGGAUUUUCUAAAAGAAGGAAAUAUGUAUGUGUGUGUCUGUGUGUGUGUGUGUCUGUGUGUGUGUGUGUGUAUAUAAGCUCCCACAUAGAUUCAUGUAAAACAUUCACGCACACACAUGUAACACUGCGAGCCAGAGUGGCUGGCUCUACAGUUAGUAACAUUCAUAUUAAGAUAUAUAAUGGUCACUGUGACAAUAAAUCACGAAGAAUGACACAACACAAGGCAACGCUUAGCCGGGAAGCAACGCCAGCAAAUGCAGGUUAUCAGCUAAGAGGCUUUCGCUCUCUGUACUAAGGAAUGAAGGUUCUAGAGCAUUGUUUGAAUUCUGGUACAUCCUGCCAAGUCCGGUGUGUGUGUGUAUGUGUGUGUGUGCACGUGCGCGUGUGAAUGCGCACGCACACACAAAGAGAGGUGGUUGUGGUUUUGGAGCUUGUACAGCCAUAGCAGAUGACUCAGUAUAUGUGAUCACACAGGUCUGAAAGAGAGCCAUUGUGCAUGCUCUCCACUUAGUUUCCAUGCAGGUCCCUUUGCAGAGGGAGGGCAUGGAUGGGUCAAGUGAUUGGCUACCGCUGCGCACCACCAGCCUCCCGCGUGCAAGGUUGUGCUUGCCUAAUUGUAAGCACGUAUGUCACUGUCCUGAGAUUCAAACGCCAUGUAAGGGCUGACAUUCUUUAUAAAUGAGCACACACACACACACACACACACACAAAGUGGCUGGAAUCAGCUCUUCUCAUGAAGAAUUCUUAAAGGAUACCAGGAAAGGAAGUCCUUUUAACAGUGCUGUUUCCUAACUCUUUUUAAUUUGCUGCAAAAUGGGUAAUAGUAGGAGGAAGAAAAGAAACAGAAACCUUCUGUGGACUUUGUGACAAGAUGAAGGGAAAAAAAAAAUGUCAACUUAGGCAAUCAAUAUUGACAUCAGGAAAGUCUGACCCGUGGUACAGGUUAAAGGUUGGCUUUGAGGGAAGUUCACUCUAAUCCCCCUGUUUGGGUGGCAUUUAUUCCACACACUGUUGAGAGUGUAGCUUCCAUGUGCCCCGUGGCCCAUUCUUUUGGCAGGAAAGAUUGUAGACGGAUUGUUUGGAGAUAGGCUAUUGUCGAAAGCUAGUUUUCGGGUUUUUUUUGUUUUGUUUUGUUUUUGGUUUGUGUAUUUAUCUACACUUGUUUAUGCUGUGAGCCAAACCUCUAUUUAAAAAGUUGAUACACACUUUCGAUAUUUUAUUGCAUACCAUAAUAUGUGUCAUGAAUAGUUACCUUGAUGUAAAUAUAAAGAUUUUUUUUUUUGUUCUGUGUAGAUAGUUAGCUCUUUUUUAAAACAAAAAAGGGAAACAUUUUAUAAGGUUAUAUUUUAAUCACCAUUUUUAUACAUUGUAGCUAUCUCCAAGCCCAGUAACAGGGUUGAUGGUCCGUUUGCACAGGCGUCUAUGGGCAAUCAUCUACCCCAUUCUCGUUUCAAUGAUGACCUGAUACCGUUAACUGUUUUCCUUUUUGCCGUUAGAUGAGGAGGAUAUGAAGAAUAUGUUUUCAGGGCUAACAACUGCUAACUGACUGCAUCUGAGAUCUUUAUCUCCAAGAUGAAAGGCUUUUUCAACCAAUACCAAGUUGUUACAGUGGGUGUUCAUUUCUCUCUAACGCUUCUGGCUGUCACCCAUUCUCUUAGGCCUGAGUGUACAGACCUGUUUGUCAUCACGAUCUCUUGGCUUUCCAAAACACUUUUCCUCACUCAGAAAUCCUAGGAAAAGAUUGCUUACAGGAAAAAUUCCUUUGUAUCCCUCCCUUCCAAAGCAAAACCCAUGGCACUUUUUUUUUUGUUUGUUUUUCAAAGCUGACAAAGAUAAUUAAAAAUAAAAUGUGAUUUCAAGGCAGGUUGUCGAAUGAGUAGGGAACUUGGAAGAGGAUCACGUGGACGCUGAGCUGCCUGAGCCCCUUCAGGCACACAUAUUUCAGUCUUUGCCUGAAUCAACUCCAGGUCAUCUGUAUCCUGCACUUCCUGAAUUCGUUCCAUUUUCUCUGUGUUGCCCAUGUAUCCCUUUUUGUAAAGUCUACUGUAAGGCAAGUACCUCCCCUCAGUGAAGUGAGCUGUUGUCCUUCCCUGGCAAUUAAAAAGAAAGAGCAUUUAUGCUCAUUGACUCUUUGUAUAUACUUAAAAACGUAUCCUUAAAAACGUAUCCCCUUCUCCAAAUGGACAUAUGUCUCUACAAUAAAUAUAAAUGGAUAGAAAGGCUAGGUGUGGAGCAAGUGAAUGACAGAGCCAUCGUGAUUGUGCAGCUGUGUCCUGACGGUUUUAUUGAAGCUCAGAGUCCCCGAGGGGGCCAGCGUGGUAUCAUUGCAAGGGUCUCAGCAAACUGCCUGGCUCUGGUCUUGUUUCUUUCACUUUAAAGUUACAUGAAAUCAUAAGAAUAUUAGUGAUCGGAGUGCUCAGAAUCUCCUUAUCCAGAAUUGUGUUCAUCUACCCACACGUAUAAGUGAUUUUUUUUUUUCCCUUAGAAAACAAAUAACAUUGAGAGAUGGAAGUCACCUAAAAUACAGGAAUGGAGAACUACCGAGUAUUUAGUGUCUAACCUUCAUGCCCACCUCAUCUCAAAGGAUGUUGAAGGACAUAUAAAAACAUUUUUCCCCAUUAGUGGCGCUCUCCCCUUUUGGGGUGACAGCAGCAGUUCCAUGCUCACUUCCCACUUUAGAGCUCACAUUUUGUGGUGCGAUGUGUGUGUUGCCAUUUCCUACAGUUUCAUACGAGCCUUUAGAGGUGCCAUCCGAUCAACUCAGGUCUUUCAAUGAAGGAGUUUCUACCCACUUAGGAGAUGGAUCGUUGUGUAGACAGCCACGGCGUGUUGGUGGUAGAGGAGAUUGGAACCAGUUUCUCUCUGUGGAGCAGACACUUAGGCCUAUGACGUACGCUGUCAGUGUCAUUGUCAACAUGCUAACAGAAUGUCUUUCUAGUGAUUGAAGCUGACCUUUGGAAUAUUAUCUCCUUGGUGAAAGCACCACUUUUUGUUUGUUUGUUUGUUUGUUCGUUGUUACCUAACUGUAAAAUAUAUAUCUAUAUAUAUAGUCAUUUUUACGAGACCUGGUUUUGUUCUCAAUAAAAGAUGAACUCAGAGGCUCUGUAUAGGAAUACAUCUCUACUGGUCCGCAUCCAUCUGCCAUCUGAAAGAAUGUCCUCAUAUUACAUUUAGGAAAGAAUCUAGGUUCCACAAACACAAUACCAGUUCUGUCUGUUCUAUUUUGGAUGAAUUCCAGAGCAAAUCCUAACCAUUGAAACCCACAGUAAUACAAAAGAAAAGCAAUUGACUAUCAUACAGGCUGUUUAUUAGAUGUUUGUACUUGACAUUUCCCAGUGUCUUCUGCCUUUCUUUCCCAGAGAACUUUCUUGAAGGUCAAAGCUGUGCAAAAGGCAUGAGACUCAGGCCUAUUCUUUGUUUAAGAGAUGGAAAAAAAAUAAUAAAUUAUUUUCUAAAUAAUAAAAACAUGAAAAUUAUCAUUGUAAAUAAAGUUUAAAGUUUGAAAUGACUCCUUGACAAAAGUGAAGUAUUGGUGUGGGAAACAACUACUGACUAAUGAUAAGUGAAUUAUCCAAAAAUCACAUAUAUUCCACUUUGGGAGACAAUCUUGGUGCUUACACACCAUGGGACUCUCCACUUCCCCGUCACGCAGAUAAGGGACAUACUGCCCUUCUUCCUAACCUUAGUUUCCACUGAAUGCCUGUCCUGAUUGUUACGGUAUUCAGAAUGAAACUGACUUUCCAUGCUGGCUUAAGGCUAUUAUAAAUGAGUGCCCUUUGAAUUCCCACAGAUUGAAUUAUAUUGAAAUGCUCCUGAUUUUUCAAUGAAUCCCUUCAUUAUUGUAGAAAAAAAUACCAACAAAAUUUCUGAUGCUAACAGUUCAGCCUCGGGUAAUGUAAAGGAAAAACCAUGAAGUACUUGGUGGAAACCAAAUUCAGUUUCGUCAGUAUAUUUCAUGAGCGUCCUUCUAGAUCUUUCAUUUCUCCUGUGACUUCUCCAUAAAGCAAUACUAUGAAUAUGCAAAUAUCAUCAGUGUAUCUUUAAAAUCUGUUCAAGCAAGUUCAAAAUUUAACAUGCAAGACCAAGUCAUUUCAGGCAGAAAGGAUUCAAAAAUUAUUCUUGAAAUUCCUAAUCAGAUGAAGUCCUAUGUUCAUAGCUUAUCAAUUUGUUUCUACAGAAAAUCUUCACAUUCUUAUUGGAAAUCAAUUAAUAAAUUAAGCUGUUGGCUCUGAAUUAACUGAAACACAAACCAUCAUUUAGAUAGUUCUACUUGAGUUUUUGAGGAAGCAUAUGUGCGAUUCAUACCCAGGGACAACACACUGUUAACGACAUGGAUUUUAGUACAUAUUAUGCAGCAUGAAUAUUAGGCACCUAAUCUAUUGUGCUUAUUAAAAUAACACUGUUUCUAUCUGACCUAAUGUUGCCUUCUGUCUUACCUAAAGCCAGGUCCUUAUGACCACACUAGCAAAUUAUCCUAUCAUUAGGUUAAAGAAGCAUCAAAAAUAUUUGACCUUUUGUGUGUGCAUAUGCCAAACAUGUUUGCAGACACAUAAAUGAAAUUGUGGCCUUAUUUGCCUAGUGGAAGUCAGUUUUCAGAUUCAAAAAGUAUUCAUUCCCUGAAUUCAUGUUAAUGCAGGCAUAAAAAUAUGUCUUUGGGACUAAAUUGGCUCUUAACAUAGGCAGAGGUUCUAAAAGUGUCCAUGUAUCCUGUUUAAAGGUAGCUUUCCUCCAUGUCAUGUUUCGAAAGCUGCUUAGAUUACCAUGCAUUGGAAUGCCUGGCGUUUGCUUUCCUGUAGAGUUGGGGCAUACAGAAGAAAAGUGGAACUUUCCCCUUGAUAGGAAAUGCUAAGCAUAUCUGUACCUAAGCAUGUGUUCUCUCUUGGCAUCAAGAAGUGGUUCCUUAAUCAUGAAAAUAGAAGGUAAUGCUGACUCUGCAUAUGUAAGUUCUGUUAGAAAUAUUUAAAUUUGUUUUGUCUUCUUGAAGCAAGGCUAUUUUAAAUUACUUUGCUAGAUUGAGGUAAAACCCAUGACAUGAUGUUUUGUGGGUCUUGAGGCACUGAGUAUUUUGACAUAACCACAACUAAUAUCAUAGAAAUGAAAAUUGAAAUAUUUAGUUAUUUUUUAGUACUUUGUGAGGAAAAUGUUUUAUAAUGGGUCCAGUGAGCACACAACACAAAUAAAAACUGUGUUUAUUUCCAAACAUUUAAGUGUCUAAAUUACAGUCUAAUUUCUUAGGAGUUAUCUCCAUGCAAAAGAAUAUAUUACCUAGCAGUGUAUUGUCCCUGAGGAUGUACAAAAUUGUUGAUUACCACUGCAGAUUUUUGGUAUUAAAUUGUAAUACAGAUAAAAACCCAAAUUCCUCAAUGCUAAGGAGAAUUAAAUAUUAAUCUUGACUUUUAUCACACACUGCCUCUCUGAUGAAUCACAUCCACUUUAUCCAUCUGUCAUGCAUGACCAAAUGGUAGCUUGGAAUAUGAAAUUCAUCAAUAGGAAAGCAACAGAAAAGUAUUUUUAAAGCUUUAAUGCUUUAGAUUUCUUUUUUGAUUUUCAUUCUUAGAAAAGGAAACAAAGCCCAAAAUCAUAUUCAUAGGAUGAAAGUGUGUGACUUCUCAUCAGUUUUUACUUCCCUAAUUCAGAAUUAUUGGACAAAAAAAUCAGUAAUCCUCCUCAGUUAUAAUAAGAAAAGUGAUAUGCUUUUAAUGUCAAGUUCAAAGUCAUUCCUCUGUUUUCAUGAAACUAAGAAGCAAGAAAGGCAGGCUCGAGGACUGGGUGUAAACAUUACAAGCACAUCCCCUGAUACUCUCCAUCUUUGUUAUAAACCAAUUUAGUUAUUAGUCACUGUGGAGUAGAGCCACAAAAUAGCUCCCCAUUUCACCCUGGAAUUCCUUUAAUGUAAUGAGCACUUCCACAUUUCCGAAUGUGAAUUACCCUUCACAGCUUGAAAAGGUUGCUGAGGAUGUAUCUUCUAGUAAUUCCCUACAGGUAGCAAAAUGUGAAAUUAAGAAUAAUGGUUCCAAAAUGUUUCCUCUGUGUAUAUAACCUAUUGUCUGAUAGAACUUCCCGUCACCUCACUUUUAAUUUUUUUAAUUGAUUACUUUUAUGACUCACAAAACCUAUGUUGUGUCAGAUAUUUCAUUUUUGGAUACAUAUGAGCAUACUCCAGUAAUAUUGUGUUGCUAUCAUUAAAAAUAACCCAAACAUAUCUAUAUUCUAUGUUCUUGGGGUUUUGAUAGCUUGACUUUUAAUAUAUAUUUAUUCACUUGUUUAAAAGUCACUAAUUUUUAAUACUCUGUGUAAAAUAUUUGCAUGGCAUUUUUUAACAUGGUUUGUUUGCUUAACAAUUUUUUUCAUUAGUGAGUGUCAGUUUAUGUCUUAAUAUAUUCUCACAGAAGAAUACACACCAGUUUUGCACCAACAUGUUUAAAUCUGUCAGUUGACAAGCACUGGAAAUAAAUAGGACUGAAUCCCCACAGCCCCUCAUAUUUCUUCCUAGAGAUUUUUAUCAUGCAAAUAACAAACUGAAAAAUUGGUGCUUUUAUAAAUAUUGCAAAGCUCUCAAUACCAAACAAUGGGAACGGUAUGUUCUUUGUCUUUCUGUAAUGAUAUUUGCACACACAACUAAAAAAUAAUAAUCUGAGUCCACAGUGUUUUUGAUUUGGGUUGGCAACAUUAACUUGAUUUUUUUUUCAUGUAAAAUGUGUUAUUAUUCCUGGUAAACCAGUUGUUUUGAUCUAUCUCUUCUUGAAAAAAAAUGACAUUGGACAGUUCUCUAAUUCUCUAAGCAUUUGACCCUGUAUAAUAUUUUAAACCAGAGAGUAUGGGAUCAACUUAGUGUUCCUUAAAAAAAGCAAUAUUUUCAAAUAACUGCUGACUAAAGUGAUGCUUGAAUAGACAUCAUUUGUAUACGGCAAUUUUUAACAAGGCUUUUCUUACCAGUCUCAGAAAACUUGAUUAUGCCCACUAAUUAGUAACUUUUCCAAAUUUAUUGUUUAGAAAUGUAAAUGUGAAGCAUUGUACUUAAACAAUAAUUUUGCAGUUGAAAUAAAUUUGGUCCUUCCACCUGUAUUUUGCACUUCAUAUAUAUGUGGCACUAGUUAGUAUCAUCUUAUCACAAGUAUUUGUUAAGUGACAUAGUAAUAGCUGGUAAAAGUUUUGUAAAAUGUAGAAUAUGUACAGAAAAAAAUAGAUAAAUUGUAUUUACUUUAUUAUUUUUUAGCUUAGACACUAUGUUGAUACUCUCUUUUGCCAGAACCAUUGGAAGUGCCUCUUGGUUUUUAUAUAUAAUGAUCAAUGUGGAUGCUAUAAUGUGAAGAUAAUGUAUAAUAUAAAAAUAAGUCUGUGGUAUUA